UCGAUUAACCAGUGAACCGAAUAUCCUAUCUUUCGGUGACGGCUUCUUCAACAGUUACCCAAAGAUCAAUCAAAUAGUUGUGACCAAUUUUGAUGGUAAUUUCGUCUUCAACGCUAAUGCCGUCCCUGCGGGUAGCUCAUUAAAUGUCCUAUCUAUUCGUAACUCAGGGUUGACUGAGAUCGAUGUUACGGGACUGCCAACAGCUACAGUAUUUGACUUCUCUGAAAAUGUGCUGAAAAAUUUCGCCCCGAUAUAUGACGGCACCAACGCAAUUCAGGAACUUGCCUUGGAAGGUAAUGUUGUCACAAGAACAGAUUUUGCAGCUGGUAAUGCGGGUGAGGCUGUUAUCGACACCGUCUUGGCUUUCCCAGCAGAUUUGGCUGGUACCGACGCUACACCAGCAAGACUGUAA